AUGAACCGAACCAUAGAGGUCCCUUCCCGAUGUCGUCUUCUUCACGGGAGUGCGGGGCGGAAGGGCAUGAGCGAUCCUGUCGACGAAGUGAGCCCGGGUAUCUCGAGCCGGACCUCGACGUCGAGGAUGAAAUCUACGCCAACCUCUCCAAGAAUAAUUACCAAUACGAGAACGGUGCGGAGGCUGAUUUCGGCCCCGAGGCGUACAUCCAGCGGCUGGAUGAGGAGCGCGCGAUGCGGGUUGCCCGUCGCCGCGCGCAGGGGAGGGGGAUUCAGCGGAUUUUAG